UGCUGUAUUCACUGUGCCUCUUCAGCUGCUGCAGAUUCAACCUGCCUCCUGGUACACAGUGGUAAUAUUUCUCUGAAGCAGAGUGACUCAUCAGUGUUGGAUGUGAGAUGGGCCGUAUUUUGCUCUGUGUGCUGGAUUUACUGGUUGUCAGUUCCUUCUGCUGUGGAAUCACUCAAGAGCACAAGCCAGUCCUUACUGUGUCUCCAUCAUGGCUGCGUCCUGGAGCCUCAGUAACUCUGAGUUGUCGGGUUGAACGUCCAUCUGCAGGAUGGAGGUUCUACUGGUACAGAGCUGUUCCUGAUCUAUCACACAAAAACUACAGUUAUGUGCCGCUGCCUGACAGCAUCAGUGGUACUGUACAGGACUCCUACGUCCUUCAUGGGCAGACACACACAGCAGGAUACGCAUGUAGAGCUGAUGGAAGAAACCCAGAUUAUUCCACUGGUUACAGUGAACCAAAGUUUGUCUGGUCUGCAGGUCUUGAUCCAACAGCGUCUCUCACAGUGACUCCUGCUAAAGAGCAACACUUCAUCUCCGAGUCUGUCUCAAUAAACUGUGAAGGAGACUCUCCUCCGUGGAUAGUGAAGGAGUUUGUAACGUUAAACAACAGAUCCAAAUUAUCAGACUGCUCCACCUGGCGGACAAUGAGUGGAUCAUCAUGUACCUUUAACAUCUACUUCUCCUAUACAGCAGUGUGCUGGUGUGAGUCUGGGUCAGGCGCGUUCAGCAAUGCAGUCAACAUCACGGGACAUAAUAGAGAUCUUUUUCUUGUGAGCCCCGUCCAUCCUGUGACUGAGGCAUCUUCUGUUACUCUGACCUGCAGACUGAGAGGACAAAACACAGUUUCUAAUGUGAUUUUCUAUCACAAUGACAAACUGAUACAAAAUAAUAGCAGAGAGGAGCUAAACAUAUCCAAAGUGUCUCAGUCAGAUGAAGGUUUCUACAAGUGUGAAUAUUCAGGAAAGGUUUCACCACAGAGCUGGAUGACAGUUCAAGCUCUAUCAAGACCAGAGAGCUCUACAUUUCCUGUUCUGCUGGUCAUUAGAUCAGUUAUUGGAGUUGGAGUUAUUAUUAUUCUUUUGUUCCUGCUGUGUCGAUGCAUUAAGUCAGAAGCGAGCCAGGAUAAGAAUCAGCAGCAAAUAUACUCUACUCUCCUGCAUGGACAACGUGAAGAUCCAGAGGAGAUUCCUGAAUACGAUGAUGUGACUUCAGAAUGAAACAUGGGUUAAUGAAGAGAAGUGCAUCGUCAGCAAAAGAAAAAGACACAAAAAGUGUGAUCAUUGUUUGGCAGCAGAGACAUGUGUAACCAAAACGUUUUGUCUGACUGGAAGCUUGGGGUUUGCUCUAGCCUGCUAAAUGCAAGACAGCCUGGUUGAUUUCAAAUUAUACACUGCUGAAAAAUACAGUGUAUUCCAGGCUAAUCUAUCCACUGACACUUCUGUAACAAAGAUGGAGUUUAUUAUGAAUAAAUUUGGUUUGAAAAGUUGGUAAUUUAGAGAGUGAAGAACUGUUGUUCUUAUUCACAUCCUAUUGUUUUAA